CGCCACGAAGAUUGUCGAUUACAAUGGAAUGAGACGGUUUCAUGCAUGUUGGCAUCUUUACCGUUAAUGUGAUGGUGCAUAAACAUAUUCGCGCAGAGAAAUCGAAAAAGGGGUACCUGCGAUUCGCGUCAUAUCUUGCUGCAGUGAUCGCUGCAGUGAUCGCGGCAAAUACAAAAUCACAAGAGGCAAUUGAAAGUGGAACGUAGAGUCAGCCAUCCUCAAAAUGGGAUAACCUCAAUUCUAAGUGAUGUCAUGUAGUGAAACAAGAAGUUGAUUUUCC